GUCACAGCUGGUCUGGGUAUCUACGACACUAUGCAGUACAUCGGUCCACCGGUCGGUACCUGGUGUGUGGGCCGGGCCUGCUCUAUGGGAGCCUUCCUGUUAGCAGCUGGAGCAGCUGAUCACCGAUACUCACUACCUAAUUCUAAUAUAAUGAUACACCAACCACAUGGCUACGCUGGGGGUCAGGCUACUGAUAUUGCCAUACAGGCUGAAGAGAUAUUAAAAUCAAAGUCAUUACUGAACAAUCUAUUAUCAAUACAUACUAAGAGGCCCCUGAGUGAUAUAGAGUCAGCAGUUGAGCGUGACAAGUUCCUGUCUCCUACUGAAGCUAAAGAUUUUGGACUCAUUGACCAUGUACUACACCACACCACUAGUCAGUGACUUUAUAAAAAUUACUAAUAAAAUUAAUUAUAAUAAUAAUCAUGUAAUAAUGUUUAGUUCUAACUGGCCACAAAAUAAUAAUAUUAAUAGUAAUAAUAAUAAUUAUUAUUAUUUUACAAAAAGGAGUGUAAAAGGAGAGUGUGAAAGCAUUUUUAUCUAGCAUGAAAAAA